AGGAGAUGCCGUCCCGACUUCGCUGCUCGACGUGUACGCAGGAUGAUAUCGCUGUCGGCAACAUGAUGAAAACAGAAGGAGCCUGCGUUGUUUUUUCAAGGUCCGUGCACGGCUUGCUACUUUUACACAAGCAUAAUUUUGUGCCUCAGGCGCUGUUGGUAUCAACAUCAAGAAAGAUUCUAGUAUUGCAUAAUUAGUUUCAAAGUCGUACGUAAAAAGGAUCUAUGUAGGUUCUUCUAAUACUUACAUACUGAUUUCUCUCACGCAAUUCCUUCCAUAAUGAUCAUGUUGCUCGUCAACUUCGAAAAAAAAUAUUAAUUAUUUGUCAAUGAAUACUUGAAGAAAGCUCGUCUUUCUUGCAUGUACAGCUACAUACAUAGUAAACCUAAACGCUUUGGUCACAGCGGAAAAAGGGUACUUUUUGCUACCCGCCGAAGAACGUGCAGCAGGAGGACAAUGCGGAUAGUUUUAGUGAACAAGAACAGGAGUUGGAGCUGCAACGUGCACGCUUUUGCUUAGAGCGUCGUCUAAAAGAAGUGCAAAAACGCAUUACUAUAAAUUUUCCAGCACGAGCACCCGUGUUCGGAGACACGACCUCAAACAACUAAGAUCACAUAUCUCGACGUUUUCUUUUACACCGACGAGAAAGAGAAGCUUUCAACAAAGAGCUAACAAAACAAGCGGAAAACUUCUUUUGCACUUCAAGAACUUCUCCGUACAUUAAUCAUGAAACUAGAAAAACUUUCCAUUCAAAAACUCAACAGCUACUACGCAAAGUCGUCGUGUCGAAAGUGCUACCUUUUAGACUCCAGACCCCUCGCUUCCAUUGUUGCUGCUACGAUAUGCACUAAAAAAAUCUGAUGUGGUCUCUCCAAUAAAAUUUGACGGUAAAAUUUUUCCUAGAGUCGCAUGACGUUGAUGCCUAAUCUAAAUCUACUUAUGCAGAUUCAUUGUUAUAGCGAAGAAGUCGCAUUUUCAGGCAGAUUGUAGCUAGCGUAAAAUUACAAGUCAGCGUGUAAACUGAAAUUUUGUUAAUAGUGUAAGUCAUCAUGCUCCUGAAAUUCAACACGCACAUUUUUGAUAUUUCCAAUCGAACAGGGACGUAAGCGUAUGGGCCUGUGUACAUCGUUCGUGAAAUUGCUUAGCCGAGCCACUGCGUGCCUUCGGUAACCAAGUAUGCUGUCUAUCGGACUCGCCUUUGAUGCCUGUGCCUGCGGUCUGCGGUAAAUAGCAAGAACGAGGUGGAGCGCCAGCGGAUGCAGUGCGGUCAUGAAGUUCCUCGUGUAAACAAAACACACGAGUUUUUCAGACGAGAACGACUAUGAAAGAACCCUCUCCCCUCAUGAGAUUUCGUCACCUUCCCCUUCCCAUUCCUAACCAACUGAAUGUGAAUGUGUUUUUCGAACAAAUUGCUGGAUAUUUCGAACGCAAAGAUCACCAUGAUGAAAAUGAAGUAGAAUCCACU